AUGGAAAACUCCGAGCUGACUAUCUACCUCGGAAGUAUUCCGUUCGAUUACACCGAGGAGCAGGUGGCAGAUAUCGCAAAAUCAGUGGGACCAGUGACAGACUUAAAACUCAUGUUUGACCCUACCACCGGAAGGUCCAAGGGAUCAGCAUUUGUUCGGUACUCGGACCGAGAAACAGCACUCUCCGCUGUCCGUAACCUCAACAACAUGAAUGUGGGCAAUAGAUACCUCCGGUGCACAUUUGCCAGCGACAGUGAUGCUUUUGAUGCCAUGCCUGACUUUUCCGCCCACAAUAAAUUGCCUCCAUUGCCAUUGGGAGUGCAAUUGUACCAGAACCAGAAUGCUCAGCAAGCCAUUUCGAGUAUACUCUCGCAGCUUGAUCUGCAAACCGCUGGUAACAUGUUGAAAGAGGCUCGUACCAUGAGCUUGGAGAACCCACUACUCAUGAAGAAGUUGCUAGACCAGUGUCCACAGUUGUCUCAUGCACUCGUAGAGACCAGUUUGAUGGUCAAUGUGACCACCAAAGACCUUGUUCAGUUGUGUCUCAACCGUCGUCAGCCUGACUUGGAUGUGGUGACAUUUGACCAUGUACAAUUGUUGCGGCUGAUUGAUGCGUUGACCGAGGAGGAGAUUGCAGAACUUGAUAGUGGGAAGCAGAAGGUCGUCAACGAUAUUAAGUAUGAGAUCAGUAAGGGUUCUUAUGGUAUAAUAGAUUAA